GAAGGCGAUGAAAUCGACGAUUAUGUGUUGAACAAGAUCAUCGGAUACGGUGCCUUUUCAACCGUCCGCCAAGGAUUCUGCAUCUCGGAUGGCCGUCGGGUGGCAAUCAAGGUCAUCCAAAGACCGGAACCAGAUCACACCAACACGGCCGGCCAAUUCGACGGGCUUGAACGCGAAUUGGCGAUCUGGCAAUCCAUCGACCACCCUAAUCUGGUGUCAAUCGAAAAGAUUCUCGAGACAGAUUAUGCUACCUAUAUCGUGUGUGACUACUGCAGCCAAGGAAACCUAUUGAGCCAUUUGAUCAAUCAGCCACCCAUGUCGUUACCCGAACAAGAAAACAAGGUACGCGUAUGGUUUAGGCAAUUGUGUGAAGCUGUGCAGUAUCUACACCAGGAGAUCAAGGUGUGCCACAAAGACAUCAAGCCAGAAAACAUUUUGUUGACCGAUGACGGAUCAAUCAAGCUGUGCGACUUUGGGUUGUCUUAUAAUAAUUACAGUCAGCCAGAAAAUGAGUCAGCCGGUGGCUCUUUACCAUAUGUCUCCCCUGAACAAAUCCUGUCACGCACUCCCUUGACAUGCCCUAAAACAGACGUCUGGUCCUUGGGAGUGGUUCUCUAUGUGAUGAUCACCAGACGUCUUCCGUUUAAUGAUGAUUAUGAGCCUAGACUUCAACAAAAGAUUCUUUUGGGACAAUUUGAAAUGCCAGAAAACAUCUCACCACCACUAAAGGACUUAUUUGAACAUACACUGUGUGUCAAUAUUGAUAACCGUUAUUCGGUCAGCCAAGUGCUUUCUUCUUCUUGGCUACAAUCUCCCCAACCAAAA